AUGGACAGUUGUUUUGAGGAUGAAAUGUUUCAGAUCAAACAACUGAUUUCGCAAUUAAGAUAAUCAGAUGUCAACUUCUAUGAUCAAAGAUUGUAAUAUGAUACUCAGAUCUUACAAGAAUGGGAAAUAUUCAAAGAGAGCUAAAUAAAAAAAAUAAUACAUGAAACAAUGAAUUCCUCAAGUCCUGACUUCAAGAUUUGUCUAUGUGAAUUUGCAUAGAAUAGACGAUUGUCAAUUGAGAUUUGGAUUAAAGUGGCUUAUGAUGUAUUUUACGAUGAAUUAGAUGGAAAUGAAUUGAGAAUGAAAUUUUGGACUUACUUUAAGAAAAAGUACUUCACUUUGAGAGAUGAGUUGAUGACAAAGGAAUGGCCAGAUCAAUGGAAAUAUGUCGAGGAUGAACCAUGCCUAUGUUUGGAUAUAAUUAAGGUGUAUGAACAAUACUUGCCAAUCAGGAUGUUGAUAGCCCAAAAUUUGAAUGAAUUGGCUCCCAAUUAUUUAUAUGUUGAUGUCAGACGAAUGCCUAAUCUAAUUGAAGACAAUGGAUUAUAUUUAGAAUGUACAAGGAAAACAUGGUUUCCCAAUUUAUAGAUGUUGUCAUGUGAUUAAUUAGAAAAGGUGUAUUACUCAAAUACUGUAUUCAGUCAUCAAAUCUUAAGAUUCGUAGUCGUAAUUAAAAAGAUUGUAAUGCCCAUCUUGGCAUACUUCUAGGAAAGGGCUGAGGCUGGUAAUGUAAUAAAUAUCUAUGGAGAAUAACAUGAAUUCAUGUUUGAGAUACUUCAAUCUCUCAAGGCUUUAAGUGGUUUGGCUAUCAGAACUGCUGAUGCUACUUUGAGAGUGUAAAAAUCAUUCAAAUAAGGGUCUGUAGAUUCUAGAACCAAAGAGGAUGUUUGCAAGGUGAUCAUUUCCACUUUGUCAUAGCAUGAUGUAAAUUAGGAGAUUUUGCAGGAUAUCUACGAUAAUUUGUGUUAAGGUUAUACGACCUUCUAUUCUGAUGUUUAUAAGCAUAUCAAACCCUAUCCGAAAUUGAUUAUUAUGGUAAGUGAACGAAAAUUGUCAUUCAAAAUGUCAAGGGCUGACGAUAUCUAAUAUCAUCAGAUCCCAGAUCAAAUGAUUUCGGAUUUACUAAAAACAAUUGACUAUCAAUUUCUUGUUUAUUAUGUUAAUUUAUGUUUUAAUAAAGUGAUGACCCUAUAAUAAAGAUCCGGAUAAAGGAAACCCUUUUUUUAAAUCAUGAUGUUGAUGUGGUCAUAUGCAGUGCCUUUGUUUUUUAAAAACGUUAAGCCUGAUUUAUCAGAUGCCAAAAUAUUUGAAUAGAUGGAAGCCUAUGAGAAACUGAUUGAGUAAGAAAAUAUCACUAUUGACUUGUCUGAUAAUGAAUUAAAGUAGUAAUUUAAUGAGGACGAGGAAGAUUCAAAAGGAUCUGAGAGUCAGGAAUCUGAAAUACAGGGAGACAACAUGGAAAUCACCAAUCUAGGGAAGGUUGUCAAGAAAAUUAGAUUUUAUUGA